GCAUAUAAAAGUAUCGCACCUAGGAUGCAGUCAGCGCACAGUUAGCUUGCACGUCCAACGGAAGUAUUCGCAGUAGUCUUUUGGCCGAGAGAAACAGUACAGUGUAUCAAGAUACUUCAAUGGCUUCAAUCAAAUGCAUGAUCAUCCUGAUCGUUAUGUUGGGAGUGGUACACGAGACAAUUGGAGUACUAGAGGACACGGAUAAAAAUUUUUUGGGACUGAAUUAUCCAUAUGGGGGAGGAAUGGACAACGAUUUACAACUGGUCAGACUUCUACUGUUGCCUCAACGUUUGUAUCAUCCUAAACGCAACUCCGAACUGAUAAACUCAUUGUUGGCUCUACCGAAAAAUGUGAAUAACGUUGGGAAAUGAAUUACCGAGUAAACUAUCCCGAAAAUCAUAUUACGUUCUAUACGAAUAAUAAAUAUUAAGAAAAUUUCUGGACGUUGUAACGUAUCAGGCUUAAUAAAAAUGUAGAAAUAUA